AUGUAUGCUAAAUGUGGUCUUAUGGAUAUGGCUAGAGAGGUCUUUGAUGGGAUGAGAGAGAGAAGCAUUGUGUCGUGGAACUCUAUGAUCAUGGGAUAUGGCAUGAAUGGGGAUGGAGAGAAAGCUGUAGAGAUGGUUCUAGAUUUGGAAAAGCAUGGAGACGUUGAACCCAAUGGUGCUACUUUAGUUUGCGUGUUGUCUGCUUGUGUAAAUGCAGAGAUGGUUUUAGAAGGCUGGUGGGUCUAUGAUAGGUUAACCCGAAUCUAUAACGUUGAACCUAAAUUGGAGCACCAUGGCUGCUUGGUUAAUCUCCUUGCUCUAGCAGGUUUGACCAGAGACUCAGAAGAGCUUAAAGGGAAGGAGACUCGGUCUGUUAUUUGGACAAUCUCGCAGCCUGACAUUGGAGAAAUCUUGGCGAAGCGGCUCAUGAGAUUACAACCAAGUGAAGUGGGACCAUAUGUGUUACUAUCAUAUGUACAUGCUAUUGAUGGAAAGUGGGAGGAAGUGGAGAAAGUGAGAGGGAUGAUGGAUGAUGCAAAGCUAUGUAGAAUAAGGAAAGGAAAUAGUAACUCAAGUUGCAUUACAAAGAUUGUGUACUCAAUGUUGUGUGAGAUAGGCUUCGAACUGAAGAUUUCGACGCAGACAAUUGCAAUUUAA